CCUCCCCUCGCUCCUGAAUAGCCGCUCCUUGUGGUCUUCGAUCCGGUCAGUGGCGAUCCGAUCCAUCUGGUACCCGUCUCCCCCAUCUCCUCUGCUUCCUCCGCCGGAUGGCACCGAAACCGGUGACGAGCCCCGUCCCCGUCCAGUGGUACCCGGCGCUCUCCGCGCUGUUGCUCGUCGGCGGCCUCUUCUUCACUGCCUUCUUCUUUAUCUAUGAAGCUACUUCAUCCACUAGGAACCGCAGCCUAGCAAAGGAGGUUGUGAUUGCUGCUGUGGCAUCCACUUUCUUGGGUUUCGGAUCUUUAUUCUUGCUCCUUGCUACUGGAGUCUACGUUUAAUUCUUGGUAACUUGGUCAUGCAUUGUUGAAUAUGAGCGGUGCUGAGACUUGGUUAAUAGACUUGUAAUGACAGUAGAGACGUGAUUUUAUAGUUUAGUAACCAAGUAGGCUCGCAAGAGAUUUUUGUUAUUGGUAGUAGGCUUUAGGUUCGUACUACUAAAGCAUGACUUUUUGGUAUUAUUUUUGUUGGUUUUCUUUUCUUAUUCUUGUUUGAUUUCUUUGGGAGAUGUUCAAACGUUACAAAGCAUAGGCGGACAAUAUUCAGAAG